AUGACUAAGGCUCAGGUUAAACCUAAGUCAAAAUCCCGUAAAACUAAGAAGGAAAAGGAGUUCAAUGAUAAGGUAAAGAAAAUCAAAAGCAAAAAAAUUACUAAAGCCUACGAUGCUAAGAGGAAAACAAAAAAGAAGUCAUUGAAAUCAUACUCCUUUGUAAACCUGAGAAGGAUUCCAGUACCUCCAAAUCGCAUGACUCCCUUACAGAACAACUGGGAAACAAUAGUUAGAACGGUAGUAGAAAGGCUUCAUUUACAAAUCCGUAUGUGCACUAGAACGAAAUGUGUUGAAGUGAGACCAUCACAAGAAUCUCCAGAUUUAUCUAUGCUGCAGAAAGCACAGGACUAUAUAAACGCCUUUAUGCUAGGAUUUGAGCUAAAGGAUGCAGAAGCAAUACUCAGGUUGGAGGAUAUAUUCAUAGAGAGCUUUGAAAUAAACGACGUAAAAAGGCUACACGGAGAACACCUGUCUCGAUGCAUAGGAAGAAUUUCAGGGAAGGACGGCAAAACAAAGCACGCAAUAGAAAAUAUGACAAAGACCAGAGUGAUUUUGGCAGAAAAUAAGAUACACAUAAUGGGUAGCUUCAACAGCAUCAAGCUGGCUCGACACUCGAUAUGUAGUUUAAUCCUCGGAAGUCAACCUGGUAAAGUGUACAACAAUUUGUGCAAUUCUGCCAAGAGACUAAGGGAGAAGAUGUAG